AUGGCCUACUGGCACGAGCAAACGGGAGAGGACCAGAAGAUACUGGGUGUUGGGUUAGCCUCUCGGAGAAAGCUCUGUAUUCAACCAGAGGUAGUUAAGCUAGGUGAUGGUAAGGCUGUGGAUGGGGCGUGCAGGCGUAUGACGGCCAGUUGGGUCAGAACGGCGGCGGAGGAGUCACGCGGGGACGGGCCGAGGCUGUGCGAGUACUUUGAGAACUAUGAGGAGAAUGGUAAGGAAUCGCAACUGCCUUGGGGUAUCUACACCCUCGACGACUUAAAAGACUACUGCAAGAAAGAGAAGUACUGUCCGUACUUUAUGGCCCGGCGGGCUAUCUCAUUUGCGAAUGUGAUUGUGUACAGUUACUACUAUCUGCUUGAUCCGAAGAUUUCUCAGUUGGUGUCCAAAGAGUUAACCAAGGAGAGUGUGGUGAUCUUUGACGAAGCACACAACAUCGACAACGUCUGUAUCGAGGCCAUGAGUGUGGAGAUUACGCGGCGUACCCUGGACACGUGCACGCGUAACCUAGCAACGCUCAAGACUAAAGUAGACCAGAUCAAAACCAAGGACGCUCAGGUACGUAAGCCAGCUUGGUUUUUAGGGUUUAUCGUUUUACGGAACUGUGGUAGUGUGAUAUAUUCCUGUGCAGUUGUGUUUCAUAGCUGUCUAUUCUUAUCAGCGGAAUGUGUCUUGUAUAUAUAUACACGUAUACACGCACACACACACACACACACGCACACUCACACACACGCACACUCACACACGCACACUCACACACGCACACUCACACAAGCACACUCACACACGCACAAUCACACACGCACACUCACACACGCACACUCACACACACGCACACAUACACACACACACACAAGCACACACACACACACACACACACACGUUGAAUGGAAUCGGGCUUUGUGUGCUCUGAGUGGGAAGUCCGCUCUAGUACAAGAGUCGGCUCCAAAAAAAACCCCUAAAAUCCCAAACCCUAAAACCCCAAACCCUAUAUCAUAUCCCUUGGGUGUGUCUGUUCUGAGAGCAGCCCUGGCGGUUAAGCCCAUAUUCGACCGCUUCCACACUGUGCUGGUCACCUCCGGCACUCUCUCUCCCCUUGACAUGUACCCGAAGAUCUUGAGCUUUGUCCCGGUCACGGUGCAGAGCUUCAAGAUGUCUAUGCCCAGGCAUCGAGAGUGUGUGCUGCCACUCAUCAUCACCAAGGGCGACGAUCAGGUGUCUGUGUCGUCCAAGUACGAAACCCGCGACGAUGUGUCGGUGAUUAGGAAUUACGGGUCUAUCCUGAUAGAGUUUGCGUCGUGUGUGCCCGAUGGGAUGGUCUGCUUCUUUGUAUCGUACACGUAUAUGGAGGCAAUUGUGGGCGCAUGGCAAGAGCACGGCAUACUGCAGCAGUUGCUUGAGCACAAGUUACUGUUCAUCGAGACGCAGGAUGCCGCGGAAACGGCACUGGCCCUAGAGAAUUACCAGAAGGCGUGUGAGAAUGGCCGUGGGGCUGUGCUGUUUUCUGUUGCGCGUGGUAAAGUGUCUGAGGGUGUUGAUUUCGAUCACCACUUCGGUCGCUGUGUGAUCAUGUUCGGCAUUCCCUUCGUAUAUACAGAAUCGCGGAUAUUAAGGGCUCGCUUAGAGUAUCUUCGUGAUAAAUUCCAGAUCAAAGAAGCGGAUUUCCUGACGUUUGACGCCAUGAGACACGCGGCACAGUGUGUGGGUCGAGUACUGCGCAGCAAGACAGACUAUGGGAUAAUGAUCUUUGCUGAUAAACGAUACUCUCGGAUGGACAAGCGAAGUAAGUUACCUGGGUGGAUUAACGAGAAGAUCGACGACCGCAAUUCCAAUUUAGCGACGCAGGAGGCGGUUUCAGUGUCACGGCGGUUUUUAAAGAUUAUGGCUCAACCCUACGAACCGGAUGAGAACUCACUGCUGACAUCGGAUGAUAUCAUCAAUAAGCGCAUCCCGUCUCAGCGUUACGUUGCCAAAUAAUAUAUCAUUUGCUAC